AUGAAGCUUUGGGAGCCGGUUCGCUCCUUUUUCUCAACUGCCGUGCGCCCUCCACCGCCGCCACCGCCGCCCGACGACGUUGAGCAGCCGCUGCUCCGCAGUGGCCUCGCGCCCAGCGAAGCAGGCACUUCAAUAGACGACAGGUCUGUCCCCGAAGGCUGUCGCGAUGCGGCUGCUCUGCUGCUCAUCAAACUCGGGCGCUCGCCCAAUGAACGAGUCCACGUCUCACCAAAGGAUGAUGCGAGGGUCCUGCGGCGCAUCGACUGGGCGCUCCUCCCGUUGAUGCUCUCUGUUUACUUUCUGCAAGCGCUCGACAAGGCGACCCUCUCGUAUGCAUCCAUUUUUGGCCUGAUUGAAGACACAAAUCUGGUGGGCAAUGAGUUUUCGUGGCUGGGGAGCAUUGUGUUUCUAGCGCAGCUCGUCAUGCAGCUUCCCAUAGCGCUGGCGCUGGUGAAGCUACCCAUUGGCAAGUUUACCAGCGCCAUGGUGCUGGGCUGGGGACUGACCCUGACUGCAACGACGUGGGCAAGCACGUUUCCGCAGCUCAUGGCUGCCAGAUUCUUCUUGGGCGCAUUUGAAGCUUCCGUCGGCCCUAGCUUCGUGGCCAUUACUCAGAUGUGGUGGCGAAGAAGAGAACAGACAAUGAGGAUCGGAUCUUGGUACUGCAUGAAUGGUCUGACUUGGGUAUUUGGCAGUCUUGCUACUUACGGGCUCGCCAGCAUCACCUCCAGCUUGCGGCCCUAUCAGAUUAUCUUUCUUACAUUUGGUCUCGUCACUGUUGCCGUGGCUGUCGCCAUGUUCGUUUCAAUGCCUGAUUCGCCUACUGAGGCAAAAUUUCUGAAUGAUGACGAUAAAUUAAUCGCAAUUGAGCGAUUGAGAGGUAACCAAAUGGGAAUCAUGUCUCGAGAAUGGCGAAAGGCCCAUUUCUUCGAAGCGCUGCAAGAUGUAAAGACAUGGCUGUGGGUGGCCAUGAUCUUUUGCAUCUCAGUCCCCUCAAACGGCAUUUCUACUUUCGGUCCGCUCAUCAUCCAUUCCUUUGUAUCUGAUCCUUUUGACACGAUGCUCUUCAACGUGCCCGUGGGAAUUUCUCACGUCAUAGCCGUCUCUGUCAGUGCAUACGUGUCAAUGAAGUGGAAGGUCAAAGGUCUCAUAAUCAUUAUGCUCUGCGUUCCGCCCAUUAUCGGCUUCGGCAUUAUGCUGAGCUUCCCACACGAUGAUGCCCACCGCGCCAUCUUGCUUGCCGGCUAUUUUUGUCUCUCUACGUUUACCGGUAUCACACCACUAAUAUAUUCGUGGUCUGCGCAAAACACCGCUGGAGAUACGAAGCGAAAGUCCACAUCUGCACUCGUGUUUAUCGGCUCUUCAGCAGGCAACAUCGUCGGCCCGCUCCUCUUCACGCCGGAAGAGGCACCGUCCUACAGUCGAGGUCUUACGACUAAUAUUGCUCUUUUUAGCGUGGUAAUUCUGCUCGUCUUCCUGACUUCGGCAUACCUGAAAAUGUUGAAUAAAAGGCACGCAAAGCGACGCGUUGCCUUGGGUAAAAAGGCAGUCGUCUUUGACUCCAGCCUCGAGACGGCUGGCGAGGUCGCCCGCAUGAGUACGAUACAGGAAAACUGGGAGAGAGAUGCACGUCUGCACAAUGGCGAGCUCGGUUCUAGUCUAGACUAUCCGGAAGGGCAGCAAUCCGAUUACGAGGAGGAAACUCCAAACAGUAACGCUUUUGCAGACCUUACUGAUUUGGAGAAUGAGGAUUUUAUUUUUGUCUUUUAG